AAUUGUCGAUUUACAAUUUUGGUAUUUGAUUUGCUUUUCGAAUCUUCAAAACUUGUUUAUUAAAUAAACGUGCAGAAAAUUGACAAUUGCCGCCUGGCAUCGAUGACAGUCUACAAUUGUUUCCCCUUCGCAAGUAAACAAACUGGUGAUUGACAUUUACUGUAAAUAAAACGUGUGUUUUCAGCGAUACAUCAAAAUAACAAACGACUUUUCUGAUAGCGCAUCAACGAAUGAUGCCAAAAAUAAAAUCGAAAGUGUUAUAAUAUAGACAUUGAAGAUAGAUUCGGUAAACACAUCGAAAGAUAUUUUAGUGCUUUAAGAUUUCAAUGUUAGAUAUACAUGUAAUUGCAUUACGUAUUGCGUUUGUUUUUCUCGCGCGCAAAAACAUGUGAUCGGAGUUGAUGGGUUGAAAUAUUGAAUGAUGCAGCCGGGCCCCUUCUAAAAAUAGACUUUUGCUAAUAUUCAUGUUAAUUUUGUUGUUGAUGUUUUGAACAUAGUACCAGUUCAGAGGUGUUCUCUUUUCGCUACGCUACAGAGUGCAAUUUGUUGUUUAACAAGCAAGAAAUAUGUUGAAAAAUAACUUGAAAAUUAUUCGCAAAGGAAAAUGUAUUUUAAAAGAGCAACCAUUUGUCUAUGUUUUGAAGUCAAAAUAUCGCACCGAUCGAUGUGAUUCAUGCCUGAAGACCGGCCAUCUUGGAAAAGUGCUAAAAUGUUCUGGCUGCCAAUACGUUUAUUAUUGCAAUCGUGAGUGCCAAACAAAUGGUUGGAAAAUACACAAAGCAGAAUGUGUGUGUCUAAAACGAGCUGCAGGUAAAAUUGUUCCGGAUGCAGCUCGUGUCAUUUUACGAAUCAUACUUAAACUAAACGAUGGCGGUGGCGCAGAGAAGGGGUAUUACACUGAUAAAUUUUAUCGCAAAUUUAAAGAUUUAAUGUCACACUUUCCCGACAUUCAGAAUGAUCAGCGUCGAAUCGAACACGUUGAAUCGCUAACAGCUGUACUGCAUAAUAUUCUCACCGUUGAUUUAAUGCCAAACCAAACGGAUUUCUUGGCAAUCUACGGACGAAUGAUCGUGAAUGCGUUUAAUAUAUUGGACCAAGAAAUGAACUCAAUUGGAACCGGCAUUUAUUUGGGUGUAUCUGUAACAGAUCACAGCUGCAAGCCAAAUGCGGUGGCAACAUUUGAUGGAAUAACACUUUACAUCCGAACAAUCGAAGAUCUACCUUCGGUCGACUGGUCAAAGAUAUUCAUUUCUUAUGUGGAUUUGAUGGAUACCACCGAGACGCGACGUCAUGAUUUGGAGAAGAACUACUACUUUUUAUGCAAGUGUGAAAGAUGUUUGGACGAUAAAGAGCCGAUUGAAAUGAAUGCUGGCGCCUGUCCAAAUGCAAAAUGCCAAGCAUUCAUCAGUUUUGAUACAAUCAAAAGCUAUCCAACAAAAUGUGCGAAGUGCAAUGAAUGCAUUUCGGAGAAAGAUGCUCAACGUUUCAAAGAUAUUAUGCAAACAACUCGAAUGCAUUUGGACUCCAUGAAAAUGUCCAGCGUUGCAUACUUAGAUAUUUGCAGUAUUUUGGUUGCCAAACAACGUGGGGUUUUGCAUAAAAUGAAUGUUUUAUUCCUGAAAACACUGGAUUUGGCAUUUGAAAGUGCAAUUGGUGUUGAAAAAUGGGAUGAAGCUCUCGAGUAUGGCAUGGAACUAUUACCAGGAUUUCGGAAAUACAACGGUGACUUCAAUCCAUUGGUCGGCUUGCUACACAUGAAAGUUGGCAAAAUUCAAUUAUUCAAAAAUUAUCCAAGAGAUGCAUUGCAUAAUUUGAACAAAGCGAGUGAUAUACUGAAAAUAACCUAUGGCGAAGAGCAUAAUUUAUAUAAAAAUGAAUUGGUACCGUUAUUGAUACAGGCAGCCAACGAAUGUGAUCAAAAUGAUUCAGACUGAAUUAAAACCCACUUGCAAAAUUGUUGUCGAAAAAUAAAAAAAAUUAUGUCGAAAAACAAAAGUCUAUUUAUAAAAGAAACCAAAACAAUUUGAACAUUUCCCCUGC